AUGAGUAUCUCAAUGAUGAUCGCGCCGGCGACCAGCUCCUCAAAUUUCCAUCAAUUCCCUGUCCUUCCUGCCGAAUUGCGCCUUGAGAUAUGGCGUUGCUGCUUGCCUGAGACAGACCCGCCGGCACUGACUCCAUACCGAGCCGGCUGUUGGCGUCCAGUUGCCACGCCCGAAAACGAAGAUGAGAAUAACCACCAUCAACAGACGGUCGUGGAGAUGGAGUUCCGUCCCGACUUGCUUGAUUACAUUACAGUCAAGAUCCCCCUCACCGCCGUGAACCAUGAAGCCCGUGCCAUUGCAAUUGAAUGGGCUCGCACGCAGGGUAUCAAGAUUCUGUUCCAUCAAGAGAGACAGUGCGCGGUUUUCCUGCGCCCAUUUGACCCCAUGCGCGACGUGUUAUGGAUCGGUCCGGACGAGGUCGACACCUUUCAGCGGGAUAUUUGGUCUGCCCAUGAGGAUCUCAAUCCUCCAGAUAGGGUGUCCGUACCCAUCAACCUCACACGCUUUGCUGUGUCUGAGAGGUGGCUGAAUAAAGGUGUCGAUUCCUUACACGUCUACAACACAAUGACCUGCUUUUACUAUGAUACAGUCCUCUAUGUCAUUCUCCAUGAAGCUCCAAAGUUUGACAAGGGGGACCGGAACAGCCUCAGGGUAAAUCCGAGGUGGGAGCUUGAGGGCGCCCAGGAAAACAUAAGCCUCGUCUGGAAUAUACAGCGCGGGUGUUGGGAUCUGCUGGAUGGCAAACAGAUCGCCGAUUGCGAUUUUGACCUGAUAUCCAGAGCUGGCAUAAUGAUAGGCGAUGCUCUUGGAUCCCGCGAUGAUUACCCCAUCAAUUUCGAGGUACGGCCUGUGGUUGCUGUCAGAAUAUGA